AUGUCGGCGAAGGUUGAGUCCAAGAAGUUCGGCAAGGGCACCCGGACGGUCCCUCACCACUCCGAGAAGGCCCAGAAGUGGUACCCUGCUGAGGCCGAUGCCCAGCCUCGCAAGUCGUGGAGGAGCUUGGAAUCUAUGGACGCGAGGAAUUCGGCGAUAUCAAUGGACUCGGUGGAGACGAGUACGGGGCGCAAUGAGGGCCGUAUAACUCGAAGAGAGCAACACGACAACGACGACAACAAGAGCGGCACCAGCAUCAACGACAAUGCGUCCGAAGUUCAAUCCCGAAAAGAUACUCUAAAUGACGAGAAGGAAACGCUCCGGGGUCUGCGACAGGAAGGGCGGGAUAUCCGGGGCUUGAUGCAGUUGGUCCGCAAGGCCACCCGCGCUUGGCAGCCUCGCAAGUCCCUCCAGCCCGGUACCAUCCUGAUCCUCCUCGCUGGCCGCUUCCGUGGCAAGCGCGUCGUCCUCCUGAAGAACCUCGACCAGGGUGUCCUCCUCGUUACCGGUCCCUUCAAGAUCAACGGUGUGCCCCUGCGCAGGGUAAACUCCCGAUACGUCAUCGCCACAUCCCAGAAGGUUGACCUGGCCGGAGUCGACGACAAGAAGAUCGAGGAGAUCGCUCAGCCCAAGUACUUCGUCGGAGAGAAGACCAAGGAGAAGGCUGGUGAGGAGGCUUUCUUCAAGCAGGGCGAGAAGGCACAGAAGAAGGAGGUUUCCUCCACCCGGGCAGCGGACCAGAAGGCGAUCGACAAGUCCCUGCUGGCAAACAUCAAGAAGGUCGAGUUCCUCGCGAGCUACCUGGCCUCCUCUUUCAGCCUGCGCAAGGGUGACAAGCCCCACGAGAUGAAGUGGUAG